GCCCGAUUAUUGCGAACACCCCAGCAUCCCGCCAAAUUUGAGCAUAAUUAGACCGAUGUUGCCUGGAAAUUUCGAAACAUUCGUUAAUCUGCUCUCGAUCUGAUAAGUGCGUCGCAAAUAAUCGCGUUCGGAUUCAAAUUUAAGACGUAAUUAACAAAAAAACGUGCCAUGGCACCACGCCGUAAACGUGCUGCUGCAAAGACCUCGGAGGCUGCCCCGGCCAAAAAGGUCGCCAAGAAAGCCAGCCCCCCUCCGAAGGAGGAACAACCGGAACCAGUGGCUGCCACGGAGGAAGCAGGGGCAACCAUCUUCAUCGAACACUGCAAGUCAUGAUCCGUGUUCAAGCGCAAGGCGGCCCAGAUCCACUCGGAACUGGGUGCCCUUGCGCCGGAACAGUCGUUCAACCUGGUGCUGAACGAGAACGGAAAGUCCCGCCGUGGGGCUUUCGAGAUAUCCGUGGCCAAGGCGGGCGAGUCGGAGAAGGUGCUCGUCUGGUCCGGACUGCCAAAGGGUCCGCCGCGGAAGGACAAGUUCCCCGAGGCUGAGGCCAUCUUGGCGGAUGUGUUGAAGGCGUUGAAGUAGGAGUGAUUUGUUUGUUUUGAGAUAGUGUGUAGGUUGAAUUGGGCUGCGAAGGGCUGUUGAAUCUUUGCUGUAUGAAGAUAUCGAGGCAAACCCGCGAGGGACCUUGAAGUCGGAAGUUUGCAGACUACCUCAGUGGUGAAGGGAGUUUCGGAGCUGAAUUCAACUGGACUGUCUAACCGAUUUGUGUUCUAAUAAACUCAGGAUGUUCCAUGUUCUAAUA